AUGUUCGGCCUAGGAAACAUACUCUACGUCUCACUCCUGCUCAUCAACUCACUGGCCAUCCUAAACGAGGAGCGAUUUCUAGCAAGGAUUGGCUGGUCCACAAAGACACUCACUAAUCCGAUCCAAUUCCAGGACCCUUCGAUGAAUCCUCAGGCCAGUAGUACCGUCAAGGAACGACUCAUCAAUCUCAUCGGAGCCGUUCGGACACUCAUGAGGAUUCCACUCAUCGGAUUGAAUAUAGUCGUCAUCAUUUAUGAGUUACUCCUGGGAUGAUAUCUUGCCCAUAUUCCACUGCAACAAUAGAUACACACCAAAAAACCCUCUCCUUCUCUUCAAGUUUAUGUGCUUGUUUUUUAUUUUUGUCAGUUUUGAUCAUUCACGAAUGAAGCCCCAUCUGAAUUCUAGGCAUAUG